AUGACACCCCUUCAGAAAGCCGCCGUUGUGCGCCUUGUUAGUCAAGGUUUAGACGGUGUUGGAGGAGGCGGUCGUCCAGUGACGGCUGCUGUUGGAGAUGGUGGAAAUGACGUUGCUAUGCUCCAUGAAGCCAGCAUUGGAAUCGGCAUCUUUGGAAAUGAGGGCAGACAGGCGGUGAGGGCUGCGGAUUAUGCAAUUCCUCUAUUCAAACAUCUUCGAAGAUUAAUUUUGCUUCACGGUCAUUGGAAUUACUAUCGUAUUAGCAUGACUGCAAAUAUCUUCUACUUCAAGAAUGUGGCUUUCGUAGCGCUUCAAAUUUAUCAUAUGUUCUACGAUGGGUUUUCUGGCCAAUCAAUGUUUGACAGUCUACUCUACACCCUCUAUAAUCUGACUUUCACAUCAUACGCCCCCUUCGUGUUCGGACUCUUUGAGAAACAUAUUUCAGCCAAUGAUCUCCUUCAUAGACCAUACCUAUACCGUUUGGUUUGUCGCAAUACAUAA